AAGUCAUCGAAAUCGGCUUCGUUGUAAACAUGGACGAAUGCAGAUGAUGCGGAUAAAUUAUUGGAAAUAUUUCUCCCAAAUUGUGUAGUAUUUUCAAUUUUUCCUACUAAAUAAGAGAAACUCCAAAAACUCUAAGUCUGUCAAAAAUGACGACCCAGGGCUAUUCGGGGCCCAGUUACGAUAAAUGGGUGGAGAGGACGGAAACCUCCACCCUCCACAAGAUGAAGGAGACCUUCUGGACCACAAAGCAGGCAGUCAUGCAGAAGCUGGGCAAGAAGGAAGAUGAGCAUGUGGUGGCGUCAGACUCGGAGCUGGAUUCCAAGUUAGAGGUAUUCAGAGCAAUCCAGAAAUCCUCCAUGGGUUUAUUAAGGGUUCUUGAAAAAUAUCAGGACAGGCUCUGUGUUUUGUCACAAGACGAGAAUGCCACAGGAAGAUUCCUGAAAUCUCAGAGUAACCUAGACAAGACACGAGCAGGGAAGAUGAUGGCUGCCGUGGGAAAAUCUCAAAGCUUUUCGGCUCAACAAAGGCUGUCACUAAGAGUGCCUCUAGUGCGCUUGUACCAAGAAGUGGAGACGUUCCGAUACCGUGCCAUAUCUGAUACGCUGAUGACUAUAAACAGAAUGGAGGCGGCGCGCACCGAGUACAGAGGGGCUCUGUUAUGGAUGAAAAAUGUCUCAGAGGAACUCGAUCCCGAUACAUAUAAACAACUAGAAAAAUUUAGAAAAGUCCAGGCCCAAGUGAGGAAGACGAAGGCGAAGUUUGACAAGCUGAAGUUGGACGUCAUGCAGAAGGUGGACCUCCUAGCUGCCUCCCGAUGUAACAUGUUCUCUCACGUUCUAGCUAAUUAUCAAUCCACCCUCCUCCACUUCUGGGAGAAAACUUCUCGCACCAUGACAGCAGUGGCAGAAAGCUUUAAAGGAUACCAAUAUUAUGAGUUCAACAUUAUCAAAGAACUUGCAGAGCCUAGCAAAAAGCUGUCCGAGGAAACCUCUAAAUCAGAACCAGCAGAAAAAGACAUCGAUGACGAUGAUUUUGAUCCAAGCAACUGUGACGGGUGUAAGGGUAAAGGGCCUAGAGAUCCCUCGGGUCAGAGAGAAGUCCCAGAGGAUGAUAGUGAGGGUAUAUGUCCAAAAUGUGGUCGUUUUGAGCAAGAGGAGAAAGAGUCACACCUAAAAAGUCACACUGAGAAGAUUAAUGUCCCUUUACAAAGCCAGGCUGCUGAACCUUGUGAAGAGAAUAGAUUGAUAGCAUUUGAUGAAGAUGAAGGAGAGACGGAGAAUGCUGAUAUCAAGAAUGACAGUUUGUCAAACUUGUAUGAUAUAACCUCAGAAAAUGAAAAUAAUUCAAAUAACCUUGAAGACAAUGCUAAGGACCCUGCACCAUUUAUUGGAAUGGGAGAGGACUCUAAAGAAUUAACAGAGGAGGAUUUUGAUUUCUCUGGAGCCUUCAAAAUGAGUGAACCACUGCCUGGAGCCAAGUCAGAGAAAGUGAUCUCUGACCUUUUGGCCGAUGACCUCCCCCUGGGUCAGGAUGACACGGACAAAGAUGACCUGACAAUUCUCAACGAGAUCCUGAACGCUCCCUCCACAGGUGGAGAUGACUUUUCUAAGGAGUGGCAGGCGGUGUUCGGAACUAUGCCUCUGUCUUCCGGCACCACCUAUACCCCCGGGGAGACGGACCAGGCGGAGUUCAUGCCCUCCAACCUGCUGGACCUGAACAAACAGAUGUCAGUAAUGAGUUUAUCACAAAGUAGUACCGCAGGUGCCCCCUCGGCAGGAGCACAGGCAUCAACUAAAUCCCCAGGCGUCAACAAAUCGCAGCAACAGCUGCCUAAAUCAAAAUCCAACAAGCAGGGAAAGAAGGACAUGUCUGCUUGGUUCAGCCUGUUUGCCGAUCUAGACCCACUAUCAAACCCUGAUGCAGUUGGCAAGACAUCAGACGACAUGACAGACGCACAAUUUUGAUAAAAUUGUGAUAUGUCCUGUUCCCAUGGAUUCGGCUUCAGAACCUCUGGUCAUUAUAUAUGCAUCCCAUGACAGUGUUAAUCAUUCUAUCAUAUACAUGUACUAGUAUGGACUGGAUGUGCUCUCAUUUGACAGACUUAUUAUUUUCACCAGUCUGCAAAUAUUUUCACUCUAAGCACGGCAUAUUUGUUGAUCAGAAAUGUUCUAUUGUAUGACAUGCUUCAAAUUGUGGUUUACAUUUUUCAUUUCGUGUGCAUAAUAUAUAAGAGACUUCUCUCCUAUAUACCGUAACUGAAUUUAUGUAACUGGAUUGUUAAAUUCAUUUCACAUGAAUUUUACUGUACUGGUAGUAAAAAAUGGUGUUAACGGUAGUCCAAGGUAAAAGAAUAAUGUGCAAAAAUUUUUGUUUUGUUUUAUGUUCUAUUGAUUAUAGAGAAAUCCAUCAUUAUAUGGGUAUUAGUGUAUUUAUACACCCCCUUUUUUCUUUACCGGGGUAUAAAAAAUUAAGAUUGAUAUCUAGAAAUCCAGUCCUUUUAUGUAUUUUUUUUUUUUUUUACAUUUUCCCCAUAAUUGAUAUUAGCUAGGCUGGCAUUUAUUGCUGAAUCUCCCAAUUUAAAAUGGUGAUUUGAGAUCUGAUUGAUUCUAUAUCAUCUAUUAUUGACAGUUUAUCUCUAAUCUCAAUCUGUAUAGUUUCUGUGUCUUAAUUGUGAAAAAUUGCUUGUUGUUGUUACUUUAUUAGAUAUUUUUUACAUAGAUAUUUAAUAGAAGAGUAUACUAGUAUAUGCAUAUUCCCAAGAAGGACCAGUUCAUGAAUGGAUAUGCAGUUGACAUCAUUAUGAAACUGAAUGUGAAAUGAUUAUUAUGCACAUAUCUACACAAAAAAAGAUCCAUAUGAAACAAAGAAUUUUGGUGAAAAAAAAUCUGUGCUGUAAAAAAAUAGAAAAUAGCAAGAUACAGUAGUCAAUAUUCAUUGAUAUGUAGCAAAGAAAAAUAAUUUGUUGUUCAAUGAAACAUGUAAUUGUAUUUCAAGAGUAUAAGAUGAAGUUUCAUUUGAACUGUGUGUGGUGUUAGGAUGUUUUAGAAUACAUCUGAAUUAUGUGUUUUGUUGUUUUCAAAUUCUGUGUUUAGUAGUGCAAUAUAAAAAUUAUAUUACACAUCCUCUUUCAUACAUUGUGAAUAGAAAGACUGUUCAAUUUUAUAUUGGUCUUUGCUUUGAGCUCUUAAUUUUCUUCCUAGUAAUUUGAUUAGCAUUGACUAGGCUUUUGAUUUUUUAUGAUAAUCAGAAAGUGUCUGCCUGUAAAAUUUUUCUGAAAAUACCAGUAUAUCCUUUCCCAAAAAUUUUAUUCUCAUUUGCAUUUUGGUCAAUAUCAACUUACCAUAGCAUUCCAUUCCGAGAUUUUUUUUUUAUACACAAUAUGCUAAAGUUAUGGGUAUUACAAUAGUAUUCCAAGACUUUUAUUUAUACAAUGAUAAUAUAUUACAUUAAAUUUACGGUUAUAUUAUACUCUGUAUUCCAACACUACUUUUGAAACUGUAGUGGAUUCAGAAUAUCAAUUCCUUAAAGAUUGUUUAUCAAUCUUUAUCAAAAUCAUGCAUUCCAUUGAAAUAACUGAAUUGUUAGUGAAUUAUAUUUAACAGAUCUCACAUGCUAUUUUUUUGUUCAAGCUUUAUUUAAAAUAAAGACGUUAUUUAUUUCUCCUGAAAUCCAAUGUGUAGGUUGUGGGGCAAUUUUCUUUUGUUUGUGAUAUUAUUAAUGUUAUUUUUUCUUUAUUUUUUGCUAUUGUUAUAUAUACUGAUGUCCUACAUAUUAAAUCCAAAUAAAUCUAGAAACUCA